AUGCACGGCAGCAGUCAUGAUGAAAAUAAGAGAAAGCUCUCUCUUGGUGAGUCUAGCCAAGAAGGAAGCAAGAAAAUUAAAUUGUCUUCAUCAUCAUCAUCGAGUGGUCUUUUUGGUGAUUUACCGAAUGAACUUGUUUUACAAGUAAUUUCCUUCCUUGUGGGUGAUUUGAACGAUUUCUAUCAUAAUGUUGAUGUGACAACAAUUAAGAGAGAUCCAACACAAACUGCUACCAAAAGAAAUUUGUAUGAUUUGAGUGCUCUUGAGCAAGGUGUGAGCCACUUGACAAAAUUCAUUCCGACUUUUGACAAUAUUAAAGCCUUGGCAAAACUUUCCAUGGUCGAUAAGAGAACUUUUGAAUUAGUGACAGGAAAAGCUAAUGAUGCAGAUUUACAAUUUAUGGAGAGAUUUUGGUUGCAAGGAUUUGUGUUUUUCCAAAAGUUGGCCUAUUGGAUUAGAACUGACACUAUUGAUAAUUUGCAAUUAGGUUGUGGUGAUUUGAACAGAAGACAAAUAGAAGAGAUGGGACGUAUUCAAAAUGUUGUUCAAGCUGUUGAAAGAGGUAAACCACUUGAUGAUUUAGAAAGUGCUGUUGACAAGGAAAACUCUUGGAUGGAUGACAUGAGCGAUGGUGGAGACGAUGACGAGGAGGAAGAGGAAGAAGAGGAGGAAGAGGAUGAUUUCUUAGAUGGAGACUAUUGUUCUGAUAUUUCUAAAAUUUUACCUGGUGUCACUAUUGCAAUUAGUGGAAUAGUCAAUCCAGAAAGAACAACCCUCAGAGAAACUGCAAUGAAAAUGGGAGCCAAAUACACUCCAGAAUUUCAAGCUGGUAAAACCACUCACAUGAUUGCUGCCUUUUCGAAUACUGACAAGACAAAAGAAGCCAUUAAUGCAGGUAUAUUUGUUGUUAGUAAGCAAUGGGUUUAUGAUUGUUCAACUCUCUCAAAGAGGAUGGACGAGAGAAGAUAUUCAAUGGUUGCUGUUCCAAAACCUGUUAAAACAACCAUAAAGAAAAAGGAGAAGAAGAAGAAAACCCCUUCUAAAACUCCAUUGUAUAGCGAUGAGCAAGUCUGCACAGCAAUGCUUAAAUCCAGAUUGGAUGGGUUUGAUAUUGAAUUUGAGGAUUAUGAAACCCUUUUCAAACCACAUCGUACAGCAUUUGAAAUGUUCAUGACUCAAUCAUUUAUUCUCUCCUUGAACAUGUUCAAUCAUAUGGACUCUGAAAAUAAUGAUGAAUACUGGAGUGAGGAUAAUGAUGUGCUUUUAACUUCUAAUUAUUUAGAAAGUUGGGCAGAUGAACAACCAGCAGCCAAUCCAUACAGAUACAGAAGAACUAAACAUAGUGGCGACGAUAAUUCUCCAAAGCUUGGUGUUAAAAUUGAAGGAACUGGUGGAUGGGCCAAUUUUAUUACCUGUGAUGCAGAUAAUAAGAAGGCUGCACAUACUCUCACACAAGCCGAUAUCAAGAUGGAUAACAUUGAAAAGAAAUUAUCGAAAUCUAUAUAUUUGAACUUGGCCAAUGUGUUAUACUUUACACCACUGCAAAAUUAUUCAUUCCCUGAUAGUAUAAGAUUUUUAUCAAUUGACUAUAGUGCAUCAGCCGCCUAUAAGGAAUAUCCAAAUGAGGAGUGGAAAUCAUUCUUUAAUAAUUGCUCAUUCCCAGGUGUAAGAUAUUUGAGAUUAAGAUGUGGUGAAGAAAGAUACUACCACCGUAAAACAGAUGAUAAAAAAGAAGUAAUGACAGCAGAAGAAACAUCUAAAGUCAUAAUUGAAUCAAUCUUGAAUUCCAAGUCACUUCCAAAAUUGGAAUAUUUGUUGUUGGUAGGAUUUUCUCAAUACAACUAUUUGGAACAACAAAUUGAUUAUUUGAAACAAUUAUAUGGCAUCGAUAUUGUAUUCGAUUAUGAAACUAGAGAUCAUUGGAAAGGAAUGACAAAAUUCACUUCUCAUUUGAGCAACGAACGUAAUAGCUUAUUGAGAUACGUUGUUGUGGAAACAGAUUUGGACUCUAGAAAUGCCUGUGAUCAUAAUUCCAUCCAGGAAUAUUAUGACUCUCACAAUUGUCCAGCUUCCAUCGGUAGAUACAGUAUUUCUAGAUUCUACUAUUCCUGUAAUGAAUAAUAAUAACCCCUACUACUUAUAAUCAAUUAAAUUUAUUUAUUUUAAAUAUAUUACUUAA